AUGUCUUCGUUCUUAUGCUUCAUUUGUCAUAACGCUGUUAACGCAGACACAACUGAAGAGACACGUGAAAAGUAUAGAGAAGUUGUGACUAUGAAUCUAUGCCCUGACUCCCAGUUGUGCUAUAUCUGCUGUCACAUGGUCAAUAAGCUGUGGGUUUUCAAGUCAAUUUGUAUUAAGCGAAGCCAUGAGUAUCCUGUGCUGUUUAGUGAAAAAUCUUCAAUCAAUUUACACAGAAGUGAUAUUGAAACACUUAUAUUAUGUCCAGAGGAAACUUGUUUAACAAACAGCGCUACCCAGCUGUAUUUUCGUUACACCGAUGAUAACAAAGAUCAGAGCAAUGAUUAUGUUAAGUUUGAUGACGAGAACAAUGACUUUGAUGAAUAUAUACCACAAGACACUGCAGAAGAUUGUUCAGCUGCCAUUGAACCUUAUAACGAAGAAUCGGUGUCAACAGAACCUUCUAGAACGCAGUUGAAGUUAGAAUUUGACGGUUCAGAGGCAGUCAAUGAUUUUAAAGGCUACGGUUAUAUAAACACGGGUAUAGGAAGUUUCGAAGAUGCUGAAUUCAAUGAUGCAGAUUUUAAAACUGAGGAGAAUAAUGAAAAUAAUGAAGAUGUUGAUCAUGAAAGUAUAACUAAUAAUUUGAAUGGAGAAAUCGUUGAGGAAACAGACAACCCUAAACACAACAUCACAAGUAAUAACAUCGUAGAGGAUUAUAAGAAGACUCUUCUCUCUGUAGAAGAGCAGAAAGGAGAGUUAGAAGGUCAGAGAAGAAGCAAGAAGUACUUGGACGCUGAGUUCAAAUGCUAUAAUUGUGCUUUGGGAUUUUUAUUCAAGGAUUCUUAUCAAGCUCAUAUGAUGCGGCAUGAAGAGUCCAACGGCGAAUACGUGUGUCUUCUGUGCACGCUUCGCUUCGCUAGCACCGCCGUGCUUCGCGCACAUCGAGCCGUGCACAGAGAGCGAUAUGUCUGUAGUCACUGCGGUGUUAAAGUGCGAAAGAGACAACGAGAUACUCACGCUAGAAAGUGUCAUAAGAAAGAAGAUGACAGCGCCGCGUGCCAUUUAUGUGGGAACGUUUUUCAAAAUGCCAGUUGCCUCCAACAACAUUUGAAACGGUUUCACAUGAGUAGAACUAGUAAUCGCACCUACUCGUGCAACGUCUGUGGCAAGAGUUAUGAGAACCAAGCCGCCGUCAGAACACAUAUGAUAAAGCACAUUCAACGUAAGUUUACUUGCGACGUGUGUUCAGCGAACUUCAGUAGCCCGUACACCCUAACCCAGCAUAAGAAGAAACAUUCCAUUACAAGUACUGACAAGCCGCAUGUUUGUGUAACUUGUGGGGUGGGGUAUACCACCAGGAAGAGUUUACUGGCUCAUAUGAGGACGGCCCUUCAGCAUCAGGAGAGAGUGUAUGACUGCCCAAUCUGCAGCCGUAUUUGCCCAAAUCCGAGUGCUUUAUCGUCCCACAUAUCCCGAGUGCAUUCGGCGAACAAAAAUUUUUCAUGCAACUUAUGCGGUUACAAGUACACGAGUCGCAAGUCCCUGUUACGUCAUGUCCGAGAGCAUACGUCACGGGCGAAAGUCAAAGAAGUGCAGUGUCAUCUCUGUGGCAAGAGCUUUAAGGGUAACAGCAAACUCAAUAGACAUUUGAGGGAAGUAUGUGGCAAGGAUAAAUUAGAAGAAGAAUUGUCAGCUUAUCACGAACAACAUAAUUCUAUAUUAUAA